AUGGCACACAAAGAAUUUGCAUCAUCUUUUCCCUCAAAUUCCAACCCCUCGAACUCCAACAAUGAUUCCUCGGGAAACAACCCUAAUGUGUUUCCUACACACUCAAACAACCCUUUUUCCAUGAUGGGAGGCAACAAUGAGUUCACGGUUUCUUUCACCCCCACCAAUACCAACAACAAUGACACAUUGGUGAUGCCACAACCAUCAUCUGACAGAAAUAUGGAUCUCCCUCAAGAUCCACCAGAGGACCUUACCAAAUCUUCUUCCAGAAAGCGAAUGGGUAGACCCUUGGGGUCUAAGAACAAGCCCAAAACACGCAUCAUUAUCGAGGAAGACACACAAACAUUCACAGAACUUGUAGGACUUGAGAUCCCAAUAGGAGAAGAUGUUGUGGAGACCAUAAUCAAAUUUGCUCAACAACGUCAAGCUAACAUAACAGUGUCGAGGGGUUUCGGUCUUAUCUCUAACGUUACCCUUCUUGAUCCAAUAUCUCGUGUCCCAUUAUUACCCAUCGAAGGACCCGUACAUAUGACAUCUUUAUUUGGAACCUAUAUAAAUCCAAAAUGUCAAUGUACUCCUCCACAAUACAUAACUCACCUUCCAUGUUCCUCUUUUACCGUAUACUUAUCUAGUCCUAAUGGAUAUGUGUUUGGUGCAGUUGUUGGUGGAAAAAUUACUGCUGCUAGUGUUAUUCUGAUUAAUGCUACUCUUACUAGAAAAAUUGCGUUCCAUAAAACUGUCACAACCAAUAGAAAUGUUUGA